ACGUAGUGCCGCCCGGCGCGGGCGGGGCGCGCUGAGGCGCGGGGGUCGCGCAGCCGCCGCCGCCCCGGCCCCGCUCCCGGCCCUGGUCCCUCCCUGAGGAUCCCCCGGCCCGGCCCGGGGGCGAUGCCGACGCAGCGGGACGGCACCGCCGGCAGCACCAUGUCGGCUCCGGGCGGCCUCGGCGGCAGCCUCGGCGGGGACGGCGCCCACCAGGUCCGGGUGAAAGCCUACUACAAGGGGGACAUCAUGAUAACCUAUUUUGAACCUUCCAUCUCGUUUGAGGGACUGUGCAGUGAAGUUCGGGACAUGUGCUCCUUCGACAACGAGCAGCUGUUCACCAUGAAGUGGAUUGAUGAGGAAGGAGAUCCAUGUACAGUUUCUUCUCAGCUGGAGUUAGAAGAGGCCUUUCGGUUGUAUGAACUAAACAAGGAUUCAGAGCUUCUGAUUCAUGUGUUUCCUUGUGUACCAGAGCGGCCUGGCAUGCCUUGUCCAGGAGAAGACAAAUCCAUUUAUCGCCGAGGCGCCCGCCGGUGGCGAAAGCUCUAUUGUGCAAAUGGUCACACUUUCCAAGCCAAACGAUUUAACAGGAGAGCUCACUGUGCCAUCUGCACUGACCGGAUAUGGGGCCUGGGGCGCCAGGGCUACAAGUGCAUCAACUGCAAACUCCUGGUUCACAAGAAGUGUCACAAGCUUGUCAGCAGUGAUUGUGGCCGUCACACACUACAGCCAGAGCCAAUAAUGCCUAUGGAUCCAUCAUCAGUGCAUUCAGAUAAUGUAGAAUCAGUGAUUCCAUACAAUCCCUCGAGUCAUGAGAGCUUGGACCAUGUUGGUGAAGAAAAAGAGGCAAUGAGCAUCAGGGAAAGUGGCAAAGCUUCCUCCAGCCUGGGCCUUCAGGAUUUUGACUUGCUCCGAGUCAUUGGAAGAGGCAGCUAUGCCAAAGUGCUGCUGGUCCGACUGAAGAAAACCGAGCGCAUUUACGCCAUGAAAGUGGUGAAGAAAGAGCUCGUCAACGAUGAUGAGGAUAUUGAUUGGGUUCAGACAGAGAAACACGUCUUUGAACAGGCUUCAAACCAUCCCUUUCUGGUUGGACUGCACUCUUGCUUUCAGACAGAAAGCAGGUUAUUCUUUGUUAUAGAAUAUGUGAAUGGAGGAGACCUGAUGUUCCAUAUGCAGAGACAGAGGAAGCUGCCAGAGGAGCAUGCCAGGUUUUAUUCUGCUGAAAUCAGUCUGGCAUUGAACUAUUUACAUGAACGAGGGAUAAUCUACAGGGAUUUAAAACUGGAUAAUGUGCUGCUAGAUUCUGAAGGGCAUAUCAAACUCACAGAUUAUGGCAUGUGCAAGGAGGGUCUGAGACCUGGUGACACAACCAGCACAUUCUGUGGGACUCCAAACUAUAUUGCUCCUGAAAUUCUCCGGGGAGAGGAUUAUGGCUUCAGCGUAGACUGGUGGGCUCUUGGCGUGCUCAUGUUUGAGAUGAUGGCGGGCCGGUCACCGUUUGACAUCGUGGGGAGUUCUGACAAUCCUGAUCAGAACACAGAAGAUUAUCUCUUCCAAGUAAUUUUGGAAAAACAGAUCCGAAUUCCCCGAUCCCUCUCUGUUAAAGCAGCAGGUGUUCUAAAGAGUUUCCUUAACAAGGAUCCAAAGGAGCGUUUGGGCUGCCAUCCUCAGACAGGGUUUGCAGAUAUCCAGGGACAUCCCUUCUUCCGCAAUGUGGAUUGGGAUCUGAUGGAGCAAAAACAAGUGGUGCCUCCAUUUAAGCCAAAUAUAUCUGGAGAGUUUGGUCUGGAUAACUUUGAUUCCCAGUUCACCAAUGAACCUGUGCAGCUCACUCCAGACGAUGAUGAUAUUGUGAAGAAGAUUGACCAGUCUGAAUUUGAAGGCUUUGAAUACAUAAAUCCUCUUUUGAUGUCAGCUGAGGAAUGUGUCUGAAUUCUCCAUUUCUGGACUGUGCCAAUUGUUACUCUGUUUGUUUCUGCAUGGAUAAACAUCUCUCCAUUUGGAUGCACUUGCAUAGAAUGAGUAACUGAACAUCCUGCCCUUGCCACCAGUGAAUUACUCACUAAUUUUCUUUUUGUAUUAAUGUUGUCCAGGACAGUUGUUACGCUGAACCUUCAGCUGCCAGAUUUAAAAUGUUCAACUUUCCAGCAGUUUUGCCAAACUUGAAUUUUAACACAGGAGUUGGUCUAUGGGGCUCCUGUGCCUGAACAAAGGUGUCGGGCUGUAUAGGUUGCCAGUACAGCUUUCUGAGCAAGGAGAGGUUUUUAGUGCUUAAUAAACACAAAUUGCAUCAGGUGAUGUAAUUAAUUAUCAUUCAAGGAUUUCAGGUUUUUCAGCAAGAUGAGUAAGAACUUAUCACUUCUGUAGUUCUGAAUCUCUUCUCUCUAAACAUCUGAUUUCCCUGUUUUAUGCUUAGAGCUAUGUUAGUGCCCUUCAGAUUGAAAUGACAGCAAGGAGAGCAGACACUGCACAGGUCAAGAAUGGCUGCUUUCACAGGGUUUAUUGAUCCUGUCCUGAAGGAGAUGAUUAACUCGAUAUUAGAAUUGGUAGACUUUGCUCCAGAAUUCACACUAGGAAUUACAUGCUGAUGCAGAGAGUGCCUUUCUAGCCUGGCCCUGUCAGCAAGGGUUGGACACGGCAUCAAGUGUCAGUUUAAAUAAAGAAUUCAGUUAACACUUUGAGAAGUUAAAAUCUCUACAGCAUAGUUUAGCGGUAAUGGGCAGCUAAUACUGACAGAUGUAGAGCCUCAUUCUGUUUAUUGUUUUUACACUUUCUGUCUUAACUGCAUCAGAACUGCACACGGUACAGCUGGGGCCUGGAUCAGGGCGUUGGUUCCUUUUUGAUCUUACUGCCACAUUGUUGGGAAUGUGUUCCACUUUGCCAGUGGAAAAAGCACAUCUAGAAUAAAAAUAGGUGCUGUCCACAAUAACUCCCUCAACUCCUCCCCUUAGAGAUGGUGAUCUGUAAUCACAGUCAAACCUGAAAUGUUGGGAGCAGGCUCAAGGAAAGCAAUUGAAAGAAUGGUUCAAACUAGGACUUAGGAGGUGUGUUUCUUACAUUUCAUGUUAGUAAGCAGUGUAAUAUACAGCACAGGUAAUUCUUAUUUGUAAUGUUUAAGCAAUAGUUAUGAAUGUUUUGGGCUGAAGAAAUGCCAAAUGUACCACUUUUUUUUUUUUAAUUGCUUUGGGGAAAAGGGAUUAAGAGACAUUGAAGAAAGGAAUCUGUAUUGUGUAAGAGCUGCAAGACAAGCUAAGUGUCACUGAAAGCAGGUCUGAGUAUCUGCAAGCACAAGUUAGCAAACAUUACCUGGAGCUUUUACAAAGACUUUCUGCUUGGCCAGUGUCUCUCCUUGAAAAUCCUUGUAUUGCAACACUGUAAAUUCAUAGUACAAAUCUUCCUGUCUAUGUUUGUUCACUUCCAUGUGAGCUGCAAGGAGAGAGAUUGCACAAAUACAUGCUGGUGUCAUGGUAUCAUAGUCAGCUCAUAUUUUUCUUUGCAACAUGAAUAGGAAACUUUAUACUGGGCUGAGUUUUCAAAACUGGGAAGUGAUUUGAGAGGCUUCGGUUUCAGGGAAGUGUUGAACCUCCACACUGUUAAAAAUCAUGUUCCCUUAAACUCAAGUUGUGUCUUUUCAAAUGUAAAAUAUCAGAGUAAACCUUUUAAAGAGCAGCUAAUACCUUCAGCACGCUUAUGUCAAGUGAACUGCUUACGUGCAGUUUUAAAAUGGUGAUUGUUCAGCCUCUGACUCCUGCACCCACAUGGCUGGUUUAGACAUCAGGGCAGAACUGAUAUUAAAUGCAGAAGCUAUUUAAACAAGAAAAGCCUUGUCUCUACAGUGGCUUAGUUUCCUAUGGGGUAUUAAGGAAAACGGCUUUAUGUAAGGGAGGACAUUUCUGCCAUUUAUCACAGAAGAGUAAAGCAAAACUUAAUUUUUGUUUUUUAACAUAGAUAAUGCCACAGAAAAGAUACUUUUUCUAUUUACAUAUCUAACCAUUAAGAAUGUUGCAAAAGUGACAAAUAUCUUAAAUUACUGUAAAUCCAGUUUUAAACUUUAAUUUUUUCCAAAGUGCCAUGAUAUUAACUGUUAUUUUUCACUGUUAAGCAUAUAGCAACUGUCAUAAAUAUUCAGAAGGGACAUUGGGUGUAAACAGUCCAGUGCAGUAGGCUUUGUUUUUUGGAGAACGUGUCUGCAUCAGAAGCAUGAUGUAUUUAUGUGGAGUAACCUCCUUUUUUGUAUGUGAGUUGGAUUCCUAUGGGUGCUCUGCUAGUUAAUAUUGUCACUAUUAUUUUCCUGUUUCAUAUGGAAUAUGGUCUUGAAUGUUGUUGUGUAAUCAUUUCCUUUGUUUGUGCACACUUUUUACUUUAAAUAAAACAUUUAUAUUAGG